AAUCAGCAGAUGAACUUGAACUGGCGGUAGCGGAAGUGCUUGGAAGAGGAUUAGCGUAUGAUGCUUGGGAAGGAGCAUUAAAUAGGGUUUGAAUCGUAGCUGGAAGUACAGUUGGCAGAGAUGCAUAGGAAGGAAGUAUUCAAACAAAAUGUCUUACUACGGAAGUAGCAAAUAUUCAUCAUCUGAGGAGGGUGAAUAUCAAUUAGAAUUAAUCGAACACGAAUUGGAAAGAAAUGAUGAAGGUUUUGUAAAUGUGUACACCGAAUGCGUUUGUCCUGGCGAUGGUACUGAAUACGCAAAAGCAGCAAUUGGUGUUUGGUUUAUGGAUAAUCACGAACUAAAUGUUUCGCGAAGAUUAUAUGAAAAUCCUUGUUACAAUAGAGCAGCGUUUAAAAGUAUUACCAUUGCUUGUAGACAAGCAAGAAAAGCGAACGUAAGAAAAUUAAAAAUAAAUCUCACAUCUGCUUUUUUAAAAAAUUGUAUUGAAACUUUAAUACCAAAGUGGAGGAGUAAUGGUUGGAAAAAUAGUAUUGGAGAGACAUUAGCUCAAAAACAAGAAAUUCUUGAAAUGCAAGAUGCUCUCGAUGAAUUCGAAAAAAUUGAUUGGAUAUUUCACAAUAAUUAUAAAUUUGAUGGGAUGAACGGGGCCCUUAAUUUAGCCAAGAAUGCUGCCGAUUCAGAAUCAGAUUAAAAACCAAAAUGUUAUCCUUUUGUAAAUUCUUAUAUUUUAAAAAUAUAAGC